UACUUUCAGGAUGCAUUCAUUCAAAAAAUUUAAGAGAAACCAAAAAAAAAGUAAACGAUAAAUAAAAAAAUAAACGCGUUUAUUACAAUAAUACUUAUAUUCUAUAUAUUGAAAAAUAAAUUAAACUCGUCAAUUAUAUUCGAUUGUCCAAAUUAUUGCUUAUAUAGAUUGAUGCAUAAAUUUGAAUGACAGUUUAUAUACAGUGAGAAUAAUGUCGCGUUUGUUAUAAAGUCGCACCCAACGAGUGAGAUUCAACCAUAACAUAUGCCAGAGAGAACCAAUAAGAAUUUAGUGUCACGUCAUCAGCGACCAAUCAAAAUGCUUGGCAAUGACGACAGUUUCUAAAAAUAACUCGUAUAUAUCUAGGCCGGUUGUAACCGCGAAUUAUGCACAGUCGUGCGCCGGCAGCCGACCACGAAGGAUUUUAAAUGUGUUCUCGCGGGUUUCAAUUAUAUUUAUUAUUGCAAUUAAUAAGGUGAACAAGAAAAUUGGAUGUUACAAGUGCGCGUAUCACAUUUUAUUGCACCUGAGUACACGUUCAACUUGUCACAUCACGUGAUUAUAAUUAAAUGAAAAAGAAUAACAAUGUACAGUUUAAAUGUGAAUGUGAAUCCUAGUCCUUCGGCUGCCGCGGGUCUACUUGGUGUCGCGGCGGCCGAGGUCACUCCAAGGACACCGGAAAUUGUAAAUUCCCUUAUCGCCAUGACGAAUCCCUUUGAGAGUUACAAUAACGAAAAAAUCAGAGAUCGAACUGAUUCGACGAGCAGUGGCGAACCCAGUCCACCUAGUGUUCAACAUACCUGUAGUCAGCUUAUUAAAGAAGGAUUAAAGCUGACUCUUCAAACAAAAAGAAGAGCACAUGGUAGUGGCGAUGAAAGCAAGAAAAAGACGAGAAAAGAAGAUGGAAGUGCAGACGACGAAGAAGAUGACGACUCCAAUCCCAAUAAUCAUUCUUUGACUCCAGAGGAUGAGGAAAGACGACGAAGAAGACGAGAACGUAACAAAAUUGCCGCCACAAAAUGUAGAUUAAAAAAACGUGAAAAAACGGUAAUUCUUGUUCAAGAAUCUGAGAUUCUUGAGACACAAAAUCACGAUUUAAAAACACAAAUUCAAGAAUUAGAAACACAACGAAGAAGACUUGUCGAUAUGUUGAGUUUACAUACGCCAACGUGUGUAAAACAUGGUGGUUCUAGUGACACUUCCUAUCAACAAUAUGCCGAGCCACUUCCUCCAUUACCUAGUUAUCAAGAAAAUUUUUUAUCACCAACUCUCAAUCAAACGCAAAAUUGCGUCACGGAUUAUCCAGUUAAAGUUGAAAAUUUCGAUAGUACAACAUCGGAUUAUUAUCGGCAAAAUAGUCCUUAUAUACCAACAUCGGAUUCAAGUUGCACUGUCUAGUCGAGGAGCCGUUAAUUUUUUUUUUUUUUUUUUUUUAUAAUAAUUAUUAUUAAUAUUAUUAUCGGAGAGUCGUGGACUUUUGGAUACAACGUGAAUUUUCCAAGAAAGACACAUGCCGUCACAUCCACUUCCAAAUAUUACAAAAAAUAACAAUAUUUGGCAUAAGAUAUACAGUAUUUAUUUCUAAAUUUAAUCGCUAGCUUUAUUAUCUAAUUGAAUAGGAAUAAUAUUUCUUCUCGAAUUGUAUUUUUUUUAUAUAUACCUAUAUAGAACUUCCAUAUAUGUAAAGGGCAAUUAAAAAUUUUUAUUUGUUCUUUACUCUUUGUUUAGAAGGGAAAUUAGGAUUGCCAAAAAGAGUGGCGCAAAUUUUGAAAAUAAAUCACCACAAGUCAACAAAAAAAAA